AUGGCUAUGGGAACCAGUUGGCCGAGUUUAGGCGCUGAACCACACGACUUGAAAGAGCACGUCACUUUUCUCCACGAGGCAUGCGCUCAACUGCAUGCGGUCAAACAUUCUCAUACUGCUAUACCCACAACCACUAUAGGCCCCAUCAUUGAUUCCACUCUGAGCCUCUUGUCUAAGAUCACCCGCCACCUCGACGAACAACCAGACACGCGUCUUGCCUCCCAAAUCCAGGAUCUCUUCAAGGAACAGCGCGACGCCCAACUCAAGGACCAUGAAGCCAUCAAAGCCGUCAUCAAAGCAGCCACCGCCCCUCUCAACACGGCGACACCACCCUCCGGCACUCAUGUGGCCUCAUGGGCGCAGGUCGCAGCAGCGGCAGGUCCCCCUCCUGGUCACGUGACACCGCCUCACACGGUGCUCUCGUCCGGCAGUCCAUCGACAUUGACAGCUUACAAGGGGCGGGAAGUCAUUGUCAAACUCCUGGAUCACGCCCUAGCCCAGCGCCUCCGUCAGCUGUCGCCAUCACAGCUCAAAAACAAGGUCAACAACAUCCUUCGGGACACACCCAAGGUUAGGGACAUUAAGGUUGCCGCAGCCCAUCAACUUAAGAGUGGCGACAUCACGGUCAUCACCAACUCGCUGGACGAGGCGACGGAACUACAGAUCCACACGGAUUGGGCCCGAGGACUCGGACCACGGGCAGAGGUGAUCCGGACAACAUAUGGCGCCAUCGUGCACGGCAUCCCUGUCGACACUAUCAACAUGAACGAUCAGCAAGGGACCAUUCAACGAGUGCUGGCGGACAACUUCUCCGUCAUCCCGCACGCGAAGAUCACAUACGUCGGCUGGCUCACGAAGGGAUCAACCAAGAAACGGAACUCGUCCAUCGUGAUCGAAUUCACACAGCCCGAAAUGGCCAAUGCGAUCAUAUACGCGGGCUUCUUAUGGGAAGGCUUAAUCCAUAACUGUCAACUCUACGACCGCUCCUGCAGAAUCAAGCAAUGCCUCAGAUGCUACGACUACGGUCACAUCGGUACUCAAUGUAAUGCUCCCCAAAAAUGCGGUCACUGCGCAGGUGGACAUGAAUCGCGAGGCUGUCCUGUCAAGGGCGGCCCUGGAUUCCAGCCCAAAUGCGCACUCUGCGGAGGAGACCAUACAGCAUGGAAUGCUGCCUGCUUAGCAAGACAGAAGGAAAUGCAAAGGGUGGAAAGGGCAAAGCAAGCACGAAGUCAUUACUGGCCAGCGCCAUCUAGAAGGACAGCACCAGCGACAAGUUCGCACAACGAACCCGGACCCCCACUACCAACAUCGACCUCGGACAACCCAGACGAACCAGCGAGGCGGAGUCACCCAGAUGGUCUUAGCAAUCAAGCAAUCCGGGAGCCACGGGUUCUCCGGAGCUCGAGACGUCAACAACAGAGUAAUGCAACGCUCCCCACCGCACACUUACGCAUCUCUCACUCCGAAACAACGGUGCCAUCACAACAAACGGCAAGCCAUGUACCCGCUGCCCCCGCGACAGUGUUGGAAGAGCCGCCUGUUUCCCAGGAACCUACUGCUCCAACUCACUACCCACCAGUGCCGUUAGCAGAGGAUUUCCCUGGGGCUGAUGACUGGCUUCAGAACCUCGAUUUCAACUGGGAAGAUACAAUUGCUGUAGAUCCAACGCCGGGCAUAUCAACGAUCCCAAACAGCCAAUAUCAUGCUAGGACACUCUCACCGAGAGAGUUAGCGCGCCUGGAGAGAGCAGUAGUGACAUUUGACGACCUCCCCCCACCGCGAAGGGGAUGCUAUUGCGAGGAGCAUGAACAUAUCUACGAGAACUGGCCUGUUCGAGACGCAGAGUUAAUCAUUGGCACGUGCAUGAGGGAGUGCCCAUACUGCAGUUACCGACAAGAGUCAACACCAGAACUGCGUAAACACAUCAGAGGAAGACACGGGAGACGAAACCUCACAGUUAGGAAAGGGAAACUAGGUGACAAGCGCGUCGCGCCUGGCUGGAUUGCAUUACCAACGACACAGACUCGGCAAACUCAAGGCACCGCUCCACACACUGCUAUAUGA